AUGUCCGCUUUAUCAUCCUCGAUGGUGAGCUCCCGAGUGGUUCUCAGACAAUUUUCCUCCUCCUCUUCUUCUUCUUCUUCUUCAACCCAGUCAACAAGUAGAAAAUCAUCUACUUCUUCUUCUUCAUCGAACAACAGAAGAACGAAAGUUCAAAGAGCCAUCCGCGCUCAAGCUGUUCAGCAACACGAAAUGACGGAAGGAGGCGUUUUGCUUCCCACCGGUUUGUACUGUCCGGACACCACCCAAACGUUCAGACGUAAAACCAGAACUAUCCAAAUCGGUAACGUGAAAGUUGGCUCGGAUCACCCUAUUGUGAAACAAACGAUGACGACUUCGGAUACGAGAGAUGUGGACGCGACGGUGAACGAAAUCAUGCGAUGCGCCGACGCUGGAGCUGAAAUGGUCAGAAUUACCGUUCAAGGUAUGCAAGAAGCGAAAGCGUGCCAAGAAAUUAAGAACAAGUUGUUGCAAAGUGGCUAUACCACUCCCAUCAUAGCCGAUAUCCACUUCGCGCCGAAAGUAGCGAUGACGGUGGCGGAUUGCUUGGACAAGAUUCGAAUCAACCCGGGCAACUUUGCCGAUGGCAGAAAGAAAUUUGAGGAUAUCUUGUACGAAACGGACGAGGAAUACCAAGCGGAAAUUGAUGAGAUUGAAGAGGUCUUCACGCCGUUGGUAUUGAAGUGCAAAGCGAACAACGUCGCCAUGCGUAUCGGUACCAACCACGGAUCUUUGUCUGCGCGUACUUUGUCCAGAUUCGGAGAUACUCCGGCUGGUAUGGUCGAGUCUGCAUUUGAAUUUGCGAGAAUUUGCCGCAAACACGAUUAUCACAACUUUGUGUUUUCGAUGAAAGCCUCGAACCCGUUGGUCAUGGUUCAAGCUUAUCGCUUGUUGUCGUACGAGAUGUACAAGCUUGGAUGGGAUUAUCCGUUGCACUUGGGGGUUACUGAAGCUGGCGAGGGUGAAGAUGGUAGAAUGAAGUCUUCCAUUGGUAUUGGUGCGUUAUUGCUCGAUGGUUUAGGGGAUACAAUUCGUGUUUCGUUGACGGAAGCCUCUGAGUUGGAGAUAGAACCGUGCACGAGAUUGGCGAACCUCGGCAUGAAGGCGUGUGCGGAAAAGUUGGGCGGUGAGGACAAAUUCACCGAAACAAAGAGAGAUUUCCAAUCGUUUGAAAGAUUUAAUGGUGAUUUGCCGGAACAAAAGGCUGACGAAACCAUCGAUUACAGAAACGUCUUACACAGAGACGGUUCGGUAAUCAGCUCAGUCACGGUGGAACAAUUAGAAUCUGAAGAUCAGUUUUACGCCGAGUUGGGUUGCAUGCUCGCCGUUGGUAUGCCGCUCAGAGACAUCGCGACGUCUGAUUCUAUCUUGUUGAGACAAGCCCCGCAAGCUUCUCAAGAAAAGGCCAUGAGAAGUAUCCGAAGAUUGCAAGAGAUUGGCUGCGGCGUUCUCGUCCCGGAAGCCGAGUUGAAGAAGAACCCGGUGCCGAACGCGAUUGCUAUCGUAUCUUUGGCGCAAGCUAUCGCCAAGGAAGCGUUGCCAGAAUGCGCCGAACGGUUUGCCGUCACUUUGAACGGCUCCGAGAGCAACGAAGAUUUAGCAAAAUUGAAGGACAUCGAUGCCAUCAUGCUCUUGAUUCAAACCGAAAAAGGACGGUCGAGAAUCCACUCCUCGAGAAGAAUCUUUGAAGUGUUGCAAGCGAAUGGCGUGAAGAUUCCGGUGAUUCACCACAAGCACAUCGUUGAUGGCGACAAAUCUGACGUCGUUAUCCAGUGUGGUGCUCAAGUUGGUGGCUUGUUGUGCGAUGGUAACGGUGACGGCGUCCUCUUGGAAUACGUCGGAAACGAAAAAAUUCCAUUAAGCUUUUUGAGAACGACUUCGUUCGGUUUGCUCCAAGGCUCGCGCAUGAGAAACACGAAGACGGAAUACGUUUCGUGCCCGUCGUGCGGUCGUACGUUGUUUGACUUGCAAGAAGUCACCGCCCAAAUUGCUGAAAAGACUGGUCACUUGCCGGGUGUCGCUAUUGCCGUCAUGGGCUGCAUCGUGAACGGUCCAGGGGAGAUGGCGGAUGCCGAUUUUGGUUACGUCGGAGGCGCUCCUGGUAAAAUCGAUUUGUACGUCGGGAAGGAAGUCGUCAGAAGAGGUAUCCCGAUGGAAGGCGCGACUGAGGAGUUGAUUGAAUUGAUCAAGGAGCAUGAUCGAUGGGUCGAACCGAAAGAAAAAGCCGCAGUUGCCGCGUAA